AUGUACGGGUCACCACUGGGCACGGUUCGGCACGUAGUCAAGACCCGGUCGGCUGCUUCGUUACCGAUCAACUUGAGCGUCAUGAUGUUCUUCACCACCGUCUUGUGGGUCGCCAUCUCCAUCGUGGACGGCGACAUGCUCAUAAUGUCGUUGAAUAUUGCGGGUGUCGUGCUUAGUAUCAUCCAGAUCUCGCUCUAUAUUCGUUUCCGACCAGAGCAGCCUGUGAUAGCUCAAGAGGAAGGAUUCCAGUUCGUCGACAAGCAGAUUUCCAUUGUGAUCUCCCCGAAGGAAGGCAUGCUACAAACGGCUAAGAAUCCGGUCUACCGUAUUUCGCAUGUAGAGAGAUGCACCUAA